GUUUGAAGGAAUAUUGCAUUAUUUGUAGUAAAAUUCCAAGUUACGACUUUGCUAGACAUAAAUGAAUGGAUGAUACCUUUGUGUAUCAUUUAACGAAGUUGCUGCUUGAAGUCAACUACGUACAGAUUUUUUUUGGUGCCCCUUCCAUGCGCUCUGCGAUACCACUGAUCUAGAUUAUUUGAAUAUUUAAAAACGAGGAACUAUAUUGCUGAAAUGUCAAAAGGAAGAAACAUGACAUCAAAAAUCAUUUUGAACUAUUUCCUUAUGACAGUGCUGCUUGUGGCUUUUUACCAUUUAAUCGUAAAUGAUGUUGCAGCAAAUAAUAUUCCAGAAACUGACCUGGAAAACGAAAUUUUACCUCCAUAUGAAGAAUCUUCUAUAAUAGAAAACAAUCAAAGACAUCCUCAACACAAUCAAUUACACAGACCAGAAGAAACAAGGAGUAACAGUGGAGGAAGCAAUAUUGAAAGUUACCAAACACGAAACUUAAAAAUGUUUCCAAUGAUGAAUAUGGCCGGAAACAGCACUAAUCCAAUGAGUAAUUUCUGUAAAAGAAUACAAGAUUCAAUGAGUCAAUUUUUAAAAAUGUUUGGACUCAGCCAAUAAGCAUUUGUAAAUGCAUGUUUUAAAUAAAAACAAUUAUUUACUUGA